GGAGUUCUCCCCAAACGCGCGUUUUCUGAGGGCCUUACCCCCCCGCAAAAUGCACUCGGGUGUUUGCCUGUCCGGUUUGUUUACAGACCUUAGUGAUCUAAGUAAUCUAAUUGCAAUUAAAUCAACUGAGCGCGAUCUCAAUUUUCUCUUUUUGUCCUAUUUCCCCUCGGUUUAGCCGAGAAGUCUGGCUCAGAUAAGUCUUUUUCUCUGUGCCGAGGGUGUGCCUUACUUGUGGCAUAUCAGUGCAAGCCUUCCGUAGGGGUGCGUGCGGAUUUAUCGGGGUUCGUGUGCCGCACUCUGACGUGUAGCAGAGUCUUGCUGCAUUUCUGGUGUGAGUUCAGAAUAUGAACCAAAAGGAAGGGGAGUGGGUAGUGGGUUGCUAUUUUUGAAUGAUGGAUAUGUGCAUUUAACUUGCAAUGGAUGGGGAGAGUUCUUGAAUCCUUACUGUACUUUUUGUAAUACUGAGGUGGCUGCUGGCUUCCUCCUCACCUUGGAUGACACCACCCCAAGAACUGUGUGGAGAGCUCUUUGCUGAGCCAGCUGUGCUCCCACUGAGACCAGUGCCAACAGCAGCCACCAAGUGAGAGGAAAGAAAUAGGGCUGUUCUCAGUUGAACCAGUGCCUUUAAAAACCUAUGGAAGGAACUUCAUGCUCAUUUGAAUGGCAGUAUCAGUUCUGCUACUAUGAAGAAACUCAUGGCUCAGAAGCCAAACCUUCAGAUCCAGAAUGGAAUGACUGUAAUUGACAAAGGAAAGAAAAGAACCUUAGAUGAAUGUUUUCAGAUGUUUCAGAUCAUCUAUCAGGUUACCACGAGGACUGAAGAUAUUUUGCUGAUAACUAAAGAUGUCAUUAAAGAAUUUGCUGAUGAUGGUGUCAAGUAUCUGGAACUGAGAAGCACUCCAAGAGAAGAAAAUUCCACAGGUAUGACCAAAAGGAUGUAUGUUGAAACCGUACUUGAGGGGAUAAAGCAGUGUCAAGAAGAAGGCUUGGAUAUAGAUGUAAGGCUGUUAAUAGCAAUAAACAGAAGACAUGGCCCAGCAGUUGCUAAACAGACUGUUAAACUUGCUGAAGAGUUCCUGCUUUCCAGUGAUGGGGUUGUAGUAGGACUUGACCUCAGUGGUGAUCCCACUGCAGGACAUGGUCAAGAUUUUUUGGAACCUCUCUCAGAAGCAAAAAAAGCAGGUCUCAAGCUGGCACUCCAUCUUUCUGAGAUUCAAAAUCAAGAGGAGGAGACCAAGAUUCUCCUGGGCCUGCCUCCUGACAGAAUUGGACAUGGAACAUUUCUCAACUCCACAGCAGCAGGUUCUGAAGAGAUAGUGUCACUGGUUCACCAGAAUCAUAUACCUAUUGAAUUUUGCAUGACAUCAAACAUAAAAUCUCAGACAGUGCCUUCCUGUGACAAACACCAUUUUGGAUACUGGUACAGCAUGGGCCAUCCUGCAGUGCUUUGUACUGAUGAUAAAGGCGUCUUUGCAACUGAUCUAUCGCAAGAAUAUGAGCUGGUUGCAAAAACAUUUAAUCUGACUCGAUCACAGAUGUGGGAUCUUUCCUAUGACUCAAUCAACUAUAUUUUUGCUUCAAAUGCAGUAAAAUCCAAGUUAAGGGAACAAUGGUGUAAGCUGAAGCCAGCUCUGUUUGAUUAAUCACACUGUUGUCCUAAAUAGCUUAGGUGUAUUAGCUGACUUAAUAAGCUUUUUAUAUUGAAGUCCCCAGCCUUUUUCAGACCUCAGGGUUUUAAACCCAGCCGUAAACUGCCUGUGCACAAUGAAGGCAACUGGAAUGCGUCCCUUGUUACUGGGGACAGAAGUAAAUAUGCUUUUGGUAGUUGGGAAGGGCUUUCAGCCAGUGACUAAAAUGCCAAAUGUGUUGUCACCUUGUUUCUUUUGAGCUGAUAUGACAUUUUAAACAACACUUAGUUGAAAUAUGUCAUCAUAAUAUGAACAUUUGAGAGCUGCAACAAAAUGAAGGCAGAGCUAUUGAUGUUUAAAACAUCUCUGUUGGCAGCAUUCCGCCAAGCUGUUUGAAUGUGUGGUGUGUAUUUUUGGGGUUUGUAUUGUUUUCAGGUUUUGAGCUGUUGAUUGGAUGUGAAAACAGAGACAAACUCAGGGAGAACAAAAUAUUUAUCCCAAGGAAUUAAUAUUGUAUCUGUUUUUAUUGCUGUACAUGUAUGACUGAAGCUGCUGUGAUGGAGUAGCAUGUGGGGGUCUGUUGGUGCCCUGGGCACUGGUGGUGUGUAGGCACUUAAGAAUCUUGAAUGCCUUCAGUAAGUGAGCUACUUGGCAAAGUGGUCUCAUUCUUAAAAUGCUUUUUAGAAUUGCUGUUUGUUGUGUAAAAAAAGAAUAAAAAUCUCCGUGUUUUUGAAACCAC